GGUUGGAAAGGAGGGGGGGCGAGAGACUUCGCAAGAACUAGUAAUACAUGUCUGGCUUCUGAGACUAUUUGCUCGGCUCCAGCGCCUUUUUCUCCGGUUUUUGCCCGGUUCUGGGGCGAGGAGGGCAGUCAGAAGACUAUCCACGCUGCCAGCCGCCCGGGAAUUGGCAUUUGUCGCCUGGAGACGCUUUAGGCCGCAGCUCCCCAUUCACACAAGCCUUUUGCAGCGGAUUGUUGACGUUCUGGGGAGCCCUGGUGACUUUUCUCACACCCUCAGCUAAGGAAGACGAAUACGUCAGAAAACGCUUUAUUUGUUUCCUGCUCCAGGAAGUUAUUAUUUUUCCGACGUAUUCUGGAUCUGUAGAUUUUUUGGGGGGAGAAAAAAUCUAUUAUCCGGGAAGGAAAUAAGAAAAAAACAAAGUCACUCAGGAGGAACAGUCCUUUAUAAACCGAUCGGGGGGCUCCACAGGAACACUAUAGAGCGGAAGACGCCUGCGGUACCGCUGUCACCGGAGACGGUAUUUCCCUAUCACUCGGGCGCCCAGACGGUCCAUCAUGCUGCCACAACAUGUGAGCUGUCACAUUAUAAAAUAGGGCAGAUUACGGAUCCGUUUCUUCGGGGGUCUAUCAUCGGACGAGAGGACAAGAAUCUGCAGGACGCGGAGAGAAGGCUUGGCAUGGGACAGGAUGUGAUGGGGGGUGUGGGGCACCCCAAUAAUAACCCCGCACGCAGAUCCAGCUGCUCCGCUCUCUUGGCGGUGCUCGCCAUCCUUGUGAUUCUCUUCGGACAGAGCAAUGGAAAAAUUUGUCCCAGUAUGGAUAUCCGGAAUAACCUGACGAGAUUUGAUGAGCUGGAGGACUGCACUGUAAUUGAAGGCCAUCUGCAAAUUUUGCUUAUGUUCACCAGCCAACGCGAAAACUUUAAAGGGUUGAGUUUUCCCAAACUUACCAUGAUAACGGACUACCUCCUUCUCUUUCGCGUUUACGGCCUGGAAAGCCUCAAAGAUCUUUUUCCAAAUCUCACUGUCAUCCGUGGAACGCGACUCUUUUUCAACUAUGCCCUUGUUAUUUUUGAGAUGGUUCAUCUGAAGGAGAUCGGGCUGCCCAGCCUCAUGCAUAUAAGCAGGGGCUCUGUCAGGAUUGAAAAGAACAAUGAACUCUGUUACCUCUCCACCAUUGACUGGUCGAAGAUUCUGGACUCUGUUGAGGACAACUACAUCCAUCUUAAUAAAGAUAACAAGGAGGAAUGUGGGGAUUCCUGUCCAGGUGUUUUAAAGGGAAAGAACAGCUGCCCGUCUACAGUCAUAAAUUCAGUCUUUGGUGCGCGGUGCUGGACGCAGGAUCACUGUCAGAAAAUUUGUCCAUCUUCAUGUAAGUACCAUGGCUGCACAUCCGAUGACCGAUGUUGUCACAGUGAGUGCCUGGGGAACUGCCUGGAGCCCAACGACCCAACAAAGUGUGUGGCAUGUCGCAAUUUCCUCCACGAGGGCAGAUGUGUUGAGUCUUGCCCACCGGGCUCGUACAGCCUGCUAGGAUGGCGUUGCAUCAGCUUCGAUGAAUGUCGGACGCUUCACAAUAAGUGUCAGAACUCCACGGACAGCUCUUGUCCACGAUAUGUCAUUCACAAGGGUGAGUGCAUCCGGGAGUGCCCGUCUGGAUAUACAACUAACAGCACCAUGCUGACUUGUGAACCAUGUGAAGGCCUUUGUCCAAAGGUUUGUGUAGUGAAAGAAAAAGAGAAAGUUAUAGAUUCUGUCACUUCUGCUCAAGAUCUGCGAGGAUGCACAGUAAUCAGUGGGAGUUUAGCCAUCAAUAUCCGGGGAGGCAAUAAUAUUGCUGCUGAGCUAGAAGCAAACCUUGGUCUCAUAGAAGAGAUUACCGGAUAUCUUAAGAUCAGGCGAUCUUAUGCUUUAGUGUCCCUGUCAUUUUUCCGGAAGCUACGUUUAAUUCGUGGAGAGGCCCUCGAAGGAAGUGACUAUUCCUUCUAUGCUUUGGAUAAUGCCAAUUUGCGUCAAUUGUGGGACUGGCAAAAGCACAACUUAACAAUCCCGAAAGGAAGGCUUUUUUUUCAUUACAACCCCCGGCUCUGCUUGAAAGAAAUUGAUGACAUGGUGAAGAUAGUGGGAGCAAAGAAGCGCCAGGACAAAAAUGAUGUUGCAACCAAGACUAAUGGGGACCAGGCAUCUUGUGAGACUGAUGUUCUGCGCUUCAACUACAUAAAAUCAAGCUACAAUAAGGUGCUGAUAAGAUGGGACCCCUACUGGCCGCCAGACUACAGAGAUUUGUUGGGAUUCAUUUUUCAUUAUAAGGAAGCACCCUAUCAGAAUGUUACAGAGUUUGAUGGCCAGGAUGCAUGUGGAUCCAAUAGUUGGACAGUGGUUGAUGUGGAUCCUCCAGCACGUACUUCAGAUGGCAAGACACCUAACCCUCCAGGACAUCUUUUACUUAAUCUAAAGCCUUGGACACAGUAUGCAGUGUUUGUCAAGACUCUAGUGUCGUCUUCAGAUGAUAAAGAAAAACCCUAUGGAGCAAAGAGUGAGAUCAUCUACAUAAGGACAAACGAAACUACACCCUCUGUUCCACUCGACCCAUUCUCAAUAUCCAACACAUCAUCUCAGAUAAUACUGAAAUGGAAACCACCAUCUGAACGGAAUGGGAAUGUCACUCACUACUUGGUGUACUGGCAGGAACAACCUGAGGAUAGUGAGCUACUUGAACUAGAUUACUGUAUUAAGGGGAUAAAGUUGCCCUCCAGGACAUGGUCACCUCCUCAAGACACAGAAGAUGUUUCUAAACCCAAUGGAACAAACACUGAGGAUUCUAAUGAGGCUUGCUGUUCCUGCCCAAAAAGUGAAGCUCAGAUUAUGAAUGAGCAGAUUGAGCAGGCUUUCCGGAAUACCUUUGAGAAUUAUUUGCACAAUGUGGUCUUUAUUCCAAGACCUUCUAGAAAACGCAGAGACACGUUUGGUGUUGCCAACGGUACAGUGUCAGAUCAAGUGACACCCAACCCUUUAUUUAAUGCAACCUCAACUGGAGCACCUGAUGACCUCGAGCCCAAGAAGUAUUCUCAGAAGGUCUGGUUCAAGGAGUCUUUUGCCAUUUCUGGCCUGAAGCAUUUUACUGCAUAUCGAAUUGAAAUCCACGCCUGCAACCAUGACGUUUCACUUUUUGGCUGUAGUGUAGCUGCUUAUGUCAGUGCCAGAACCAUGCCAGAAGCUAAAGCAGAUAACAUUGAAGAACCAGUGACUUACGAGUAUAACGUCCCGUACCUCCACCUCUUUUGGAAGCAGCCAAAAGCACCCAAUGGCUUGACCGUUCUGUACGAGGUACAAUACUCCCGGCUUGGAGACACUCAGGAAGAAACUGCCUGUGUUUCCCAGAAACAGUAUCUCCAGGAUAAGGGAGUUAGGCUGCGUUCACUUCAUCCAGGAAACUACAGUGUGAGAGUUCGGGCCACGUCUUUGGCUGGAAAUGGCUCUUGGACUCAGACUACUUAUUUUUAUGUACCAGAUAAUGAGUACCCAAAUCACGUCUUGAAGAUUGUGAUCGGUCCAGUCCUCUUACUGUUUUUUUCCCUUAUCACUUUGAUAGUCUGCAUGGUCCAGAAAAAGAAAGCCGCAGAAGGCCCAACAGGACCAUUGUAUGCCUCAUCAAAUCCUGAAUAUCUAAGUGCUAGUGAAGUGUACAUUCCAGAUGAGUGGGAAGUACCAAGAGAUAAGAUCAACUUACUCCGAGAGCUGGGUCAGGGUUCCUUUGGAAUGGUUUAUGAAGGAAUUGCCAAGGACAUCAUAAAAGGAGAGCCAGAGGUUCGAGUGGCUGUGAAAACGGUCAACGAGUCAGCAAGUCUGCGAGAAAGGAUAGAGUUCCUGAACGAGGCUUCUGUCAUGAAGGGAUUCAGCUGCCACCAUGUGGUUCGUUUGCUUGGUGUUGUCUCCAAGGGGCAGCCUACAUUGGUUGUUAUGGAGCUGAUGGGACAUGGAGACCUUAAGAGCUACUUACGCUCCCUGCGACCUGAUGCAGAGAAUAAUCCUGGUCGACCAGCCCCUACACUUCAGGAAAUGAUUCAGAUGUCAGCUGAGAUCUCUGAUGGGAUGGCUUACCUCAAUGCCAAGAAAUUUGUACACCGUGAUUUAGCUGCUCGCAAUUGCAUGGUUGCUGAAGAUUUCACAGUCAAAAUUGGAGAUUUUGGGAUGACUCGUGAUAUCUAUGAAACUGAUUAUUACCGUAAAGGAGGAAAGGGGCUGCUACCUGUAAGGUGGAUGUCCCCUGAAUCUCUCAAAGAUGGAGUAUUCACUACAUUUUCAGACGUCUGGUCCUUUGGUGUAGUGCUCUGGGAAAUAACAAGUUUGGCUGAACAGCCAUACCAGGGGUUAUCCAAUGAGCAAGUGCUCAAGUUUGUCAUGGAUGGAGGUUCUCUAGAACAGCCAGACAACUGUCACCCUAGACUUCACAGUCUAAUGCAGAUGUGCUGGCAGUAUAAUCCCAAGAUGCGGCCCACGUUCUUGGAGAUCAUUGAUAUGCUAAAGGAUGACCUCCAUGAUAGUUACCGAGAGCUGUCCUUCUACUACAGUGAAGAAAACAAACCACCUGAGACCGAUGACCUUGAGAUUGAUUUUGAAAACAUGGAAAGCACCCCUCUGGACCCAUCUUCUUGUUCACUACGAGAUGAGGGACAGCGAGGAAACCUCUAUGAGGAACACAUACCCUACACUCACAUGAACGGGAGUAGGAAAAAUGGACGCAUUCUCUCCCUCCCUCGUUCCAGCCCAUCCUAACACACAGAGCUCUGCCCUCUGAAAGUUAACUACCCUCCGUCAAAUCUCAGGACAGAACUCUACCCAUGGCUAGAACAUCAAAACACCAACGCCCUCUUCAGGUUUUGAAUGUUUCAUCGUCCCAUAGGGUUCUUGACUGAAUGGUCUUGUGUGCUUUUUUUUUUUUUUGCUUUUUUUCUUUUUUUUUUUUUAAUUCAUUUGACAGGCUGACUAUUGGGCGAAAUCGAAACUGUGAACAGACAUAACAGGAGGAAACUCCAUUCUUUUCAGCUACACUUUAUUGCCUAUUUAUUUCCAGUGGCUUCUCAUACUAGAAAAGUAAAUGUGUGCUAUGCUUACAAGUGGAAGAGAAAUAAAUGCACUUGGAUGACUUUAAAGCACACACCAGACAUAAUAAAACUGAAGCUCUAAAAGAAGGCAACAUUUAAAGCUCUCUCUUUACUUGUUAUGAAUUAAGAAUAAUUUUCACCUCAGUGGAGCUAUCUGAAACCAGGUCCAGCAAAUUGGGAGUUUCUGAUUUAGCUUUCCCAUAGCUUCAAUGGGAAAUAACUUACAGAAAGAAGUGAAGAUAGUGUGGCUAAAGUCCAGCCAGUUUUACCUCACAUGGAACAUCUGACAUGGUGAAGUUCACGUACCUUACAUGUUACCCCAGCUUCUUUUUCCUGACCUACUGAAAUUUUACAACAGAAAACAUAUCACUUGUUGAGCUUGUACUUGUGGUGCAUAAGCUGUGCACCCGUACCCAUGUUCUUUCUGCUACAAAUCUGUAUAGUUUAAUGUUGUUCACCUUGUAGUUAAGAAUCUGGAAGGUGCUGAUGGGGUGAUAAUUUAUUUUUAUCCCCCCCUUCCCCCUCGUAUACCUUAAAGAAACCUUCAGGUUGGUUGAUAUUUGUAUGUCGGAUGUGUUCUUAAUCAGACCAAAAAGGGAGGAAUCACUUAACAUCCCUUUUCCUCUACAUCAAAACCAUAAUUGCUUAAAAACUGUAUACAACCAAUUGCGUUAUCCUGCAAAUUACAGUAGAAUCUGUUUUAUUCUGUAGCCAUAAACUUGCAAUGGUUUUAUCUAUACCAGUAAGAAAGGUAACUGGUUGUCAGCUUCUUUGGUUUGUGUAAAGGCCUCUAAAAUCAGAUUUUGCCUGUUGUGAACUACAAAUAAUGUAUAGCAGUUGCUU